CUUUUCGAGGAAAAGCUUGUUAUGCUUCGAACUUUACCAUCAACAACAGUUGCAGAGCUGUUAAAAAAUGAGGAAGAAAUUGUUGGGUUAGCAGAAAGUAGUUUAGAUCAUUUAAUAAAUAUUUUUCAUAAAUAUUUAAGAUCUGAUCACAAUAUGAUCAAACCAAUUAAUUCUGAAGCAGUGAUAGAAGAAAAUUCUGGUAGUGAUUUUAAUAAUUUUGGUAAAGAUUUCAACAAAGAUAGUAGCAGUCAAAUUAGUCAACAAACAUCUAAUCAAAACAUAAAUGCUGAGGAUUCCCCUGUAGAAAAAGAAUUAGAUCUGUCUGGGAUUUUAAUCUUUGUCAACAAAAUUACACAAAAAAAAGUUUUGGUUUCAGCAUUUACAAGAGCUUUAAGAGAUCCUUUUCCUUAUGCUAGAUCAGCAAGUCUUGUUGCACUAGUUGCAACUUCCGAUUAUUACGAUGCAACUGAUUGUGCGACCAAGAUAUUGCCCUGUAUAUCAUUAGUUUUGGUCGAUAAAGUGAAAUCUGUUCGUCUACAAGCAUUUAAAACAGUUGAUGUAUUCAUCAAAAGAUUAGAAAAAUUGGUUGAAUCGAUGCCUGACGCUGCAAUUAUUAACACGAACGUUGGCACUACUACUAAUAAUGGUAAUGGAUCAUCAUCAACAGAAACUACACAAAAUUCUUCAAUUGCAUUUGCAUCAAGUGUUGCGGGUUCUGCUGCUAGUGUCGCAGAAAGUUUAGCUGGAUGGGCUGUAACUUCUAUUACAAAAAAGAUUGUAGGUGGUAAUAUUGAUGAACCUUAA